UCCAAACCGGUACCUGCAAUAGCUGAGAGUCAUCCUAGACAUUUGUAUUUGUGUGAGGCACCUGUCCAAAAAUCCCAGCACAAGAGACAUCUGUCCUGAAAGAUGAAGAUCGAGAACAGCCUUCCACGCACCCAGCUCCCUGAGGCACCACCUCAGACGGAACUCCAGUUCACCGUGGCAACAGAGGAUGACUUUGAUGAUAUCAUGGCUAUGAGUCAGGAUAUCUAUGGUGGGUUGGACUACCUGCCCACCCGCUACCAAUCCUGGCUCGCUGACACCAACCGCACUGUCAUUCUGGCACGCAAGCAGGGCAAAGUGAUUGCUCUGGAGUCAGUGUUUGUUAUUGAUGAUGGGGAUACGAUGCUAGUGGAAGGCCUACGUGUGGCCCCUCAGGAGAGAGGGAAGGGUGUGGCAGGUGUGCUGCUUCGAUUCUGCUCCCAGAUGGUUAAGUCCAAGUACCCUGAUGUUAAAGUCAGCCGUCUGACCCGUGAUGACCAGCUUGGCCCAAAAGAAUUCCAGAAGUACCGUUUAAUCACCAAACAGGGAAUCCUUCUGGUUCGCUUUCGAGCUGAAGACCUCAAGUUGCGCUUGGCUGAAAUGGGCCCCAGCGUGGGCAGCCCAGCAGAUGGCCUCACCCCUCCCCAUGCGUCAGUUCGUCUGGACCCAUCUGAGGUAUGCCAGCUCUUCCUGAGCUCAAGUCUGAUGCGUAACGUCCUUCCCAAUGCAACCAUUGUCCAGGAUUGGCAGCCUUUCAAGCCAUUGCCAAGCAACAUGGCCAUCCUGCUGAAGAAAGACAUCGAUUGGAUGGUGGAUGAUGCCAACAGUCCCUCUGUUGCCAGCCUCUGCACCUUCCCCUUCCGGGUGCCCGGACUGACGGCUGACGAAUGGUAUUACCUUAACAUUGACAUGUUUGGGAAGGAUCUGUCACUGGUUCUGCAGCAAUUCCUGAGCCACCUGAGGCGACACACAAGCACCCUGAAAGGCCACGUCAUGUGCCAGGUGUUCCUGGAUCCACCACUGUGGAAGCCAGUGUGUGAUUUUUGUCGUGACACACUUGCCGUUGAGCUGGUGAAGGAGUACACAGAGCAGUGUGUGGUUGAGUCUGAUAUUAUAUAAGCAUACCAGUAUCAACACCAAUAGAUACCCCUUAUCCCUGUGAACCUUAAAGAACCCCUGCUAACAUUGAUGACUCCCUUACCUGAGGCCAAACUGAAGUGAAACCUUUUAAAAACAACAGCCACAACAGCAAUAUAUAACAAGAACGCGGCCAUGAGAUACUUGAACAUUGUUUGGGAACUUAAUAGUGUUCUUGUCAAUCUAGCUUGUAAUGCAACAAAGCUCUUGGGAAAGCUAAUGUAGGGUACUUAAUUUACCUAACCCAUUGUGUACAUACCUAUAAAUAUAUGUAGUGAUAUGGUAUAUGUUUAAAUACAUAUACUGAGUUGCAAACAAAUCUGCACAACUCUUACAGCACUUUAUGAAAAUCAUCACGGAAUUCUGUGCUCAGUACUAAAAAUUUUGAGUUGGUUAGCAGAGAGCAACCACUCUAAGAUCUAUUGGCAUCGCAGCUGCUACCUUUAAAAGAGGGAAAAUAUAGUCAAGAUAAAGACAGCAAACUUUUAAUAAAGAACAGCUGAAUCCAUGUGAAAAUUGUCCCUUUAUGGAAAACACAAAGAUUUAAGCCUAAUAUUUAUUGGGGAAAAAGUUUGACCAAAUUCCUGAAAUCUGUGCUGCUUCUACAAAUUCCCAUUUGAAUGAUGUUAUCGCCACAGGGGGACUAUACUGCGGGUGCUCAUAAUUAAUUAACCAAUGUACUAAUGUUGAAUAUGCAAAUUGAAAUUGGGAAUUCUUUUACCUUAAAAUCCAAUUUGCAUAUACGUACAUGGAUACUCAGCAGUAUCACAACUAUGUUAUUUGUAAUUAUUUGAGUUUUAAUGCAAGAUAUAUAAAUAAGAGAUAAUAUAUUUAUUGUAGGUAUGCACUCAUGAAGCUGUAUGAUGUUUAGUAUUAGUGUCCGCUCAAAGAUUGCUAGCAAGCAUUUGAAUGAAUCCCAAGUGUGUUUCAAUAUCAUUUAGACCUACAGAUAUUAUGUUCUACAUUUUCUUACACAAAAUCCAUUAUUAUCAUACAAUUCUUUUAGACUUGCUGCAAAUGAGAAAUCCAAAUAACAAACAAACAAAACACACUGAUGAUGUACAUUUAGUGUCCAAGCAACUCGACAUAUAAAUAGACCACUCAAGUAUGCAAGCUUUCCCUUUGAACUGGUCAGUUUAUUCCCAUUUCAAAAUUAGAGCCACACACUUUCUCAAGAAUAGUAUAGCAUUUUCAGUUGCAAUGACCAGAGCAACACCAGUGUCUCAACAACACACAAAUGACUGGAAAACUGGCUGUUCUUUUUUUUUUACUCUGUGAAGAGUACAUCACUAAGGCAGAAGGAACAGUGAAGAAUUGUCUUUUUCAUUUGACAAGAACUCAAACUCACCAUAGCUCUAGUUGAGAGGCUGAACUGUCUUUAGAAAAAUGUCCAUUCAUUCCCACCUACUUAAACUUGAACAUGACCAAAUCACGUGGGGAACCAAGGGGGAUUUUGAAUAUGCCUGAAAUGGAAAACGAGCUUAAACAGCAAACAAGAAGGAUAUAAUGACGGAACAAACGAUAACACACACACAAAUUUAAUCCCUGGUUUAUGUCAAGCCUUGAAGAUCCUUGAAAAAGGAAAUCCCAGAUGAACAUUAAAUCUUCUUGAGAGGAGUGUCAUCAAAUUACAAAGUGCCCUCUAGCCCUGACACUACUGGAUAGACUCACUCAGUCAUAGAAUCCCAAAAAACGAAGAUGCCACAGUCUGUGGCUGGAUUUUCUUCUUUUUUUUUCGAGAGCAAAUGGAUUGCACUAGAUGAAGAAAAUGAAGCAACCCACCGAGAAGGCACCUCCUGGCCAUCAUCCAUCCUUAUAUCCCUAAAGAUACCCUCUUCCUCUAUACCCUUAUAUCCCUAAAGAUACCCUCUUCUAUUCUUCUCUUCCUCUUUUUUGACAGACCCACAACCCCAUUCUGCCUUACCCUUUACCUUCUCCAACCCUUGCCAUAGAACCUAUGCUUCUGAAUUCCUAAAAAACACACCUCUAAAGUCAUGAAUCUUCUAAAUUGGUCCAAAAAUAAAAUAGAUCAUCAUUACUCUACAUAAGGAUCACUGUUCCCGGCAUCCAUUCAGGCCAUUUUGCUUUUCACAAAUGUAUUGUGCUAUCAGGUCAUUUGAAAUUCAACUGUGUAAUGACUUGUUGGGGACCUAUACUGCUGUCUGUAUUAUCUGGUUUAAAAUGGCACCAUUGAUCUAUUAGUAAAGGUGGAAAGAUGGGUGUUGCACUGCACAGUGGCCAUAAUGGAUUGCCGUCCUCCAAUUGUACACAAAUUGUGUGCAGUGGAAGGUCAUGUUUGACUUCAAAUUUAUAAAAAUUUGUGUUCUGUCAGAGAUGGUCUACGUUUCUGUCCAAAUCUGUGAAUGGAUUCUUGUGCUUUUAAAGGUCCCCAGUCCAUAGAGCCAUACUCCCAAAGCCUACGGAUCUGUACAGUAGGACUGGUUUGUUUCUGACCCCUCCCCCCCCCCCCCCCCCCCUUUGUUUUUCAAGUGGUAUGUCGUCUUACUGUUACCCUGUAGUCAGAACCAAACACUGCUCUGGAGAUGUGGGAAUGACUGAAUAUUGAAUAUUAGGUAAUCCCCAGCACCUUUUCAGAAUGUGUGUUGUUUGUGGGUUUGGAAAAGAGGCAAACCAUUACAGUUGUAUUGCAUUGCAUGAAAUUCCAGUUGGACAAUGUCUUCUCUGCCAAUUUCCCAUCAUGGAUUAUCUGGUCAGCCGCAGUUGGAACUAGUUUUCUGGUCAGCAACCAGAUACAUGCAUGGAAAAGUUUUUUUUUUUAAUCUCAAUCAGUGUUUGGUUAGAGUCAUCUAAAUAGAGUUAUGUCUGUAAGCCAUGUCAUAAUAAUAUUAAUACAAUUAGGGUCUAUGAUGUAUUGUAAACUGCAGCUAACAUUAACAGCUUUAGCCUGAUAUAUUUGCAAUAUGCCAUGGUGUCCCUGGUAAUGUAGCUACAACAAAGAGAGUAACGAAUAUUUGCUUGAUGGAGAGGGAAGUAUUGCGGUAAGAUUGUUGAAAUAAGUGUGUGUGCAUGUCCUGAAGGCACUGAUGAUGCCCUUGUAACAAAUUUAGUGGUGUAAACCAUGUUUUGGUUGAAUCCUUUAGAAUUGUUUUAAAACAUCUUGUCUAGGUAGUUUUGUCGUAUUAGUUAGCUACAUUUCCCUGCUUAUAUACAUUCACUUUUUCUUUUCUUUUGUAUAUUGUAUAAUGUUCACAUUGUUUGCAUGCCUCCUGUCAUCAGCUGACUUGCUAAACAAAUAGCAAUAGCUCUGAAUAGCCUCUCUCAUUCCGUGGGGGUUCUCCUACUUAUUGGUGGCCAGAUCAGCAGAUGUGUGCUACAGCUGCAGCUAAAUCUGACUGAUUGAGAGGAUGUGUUGAGAGGAUAUUAAUAGUCUUGCUGUGUCGCUCUACAUGCAGGAGGCAUCUGUCAUUUAUGUCACUGCUUUCUUUAGAGAGCUCCUAGAGAGGGAAGGGCCAUGGGGAAGGAGGGGGGGGGGUAUUUUUUGAGCUGCUGGUAACUGGAGAGAACAGCCUUCUGAUCAUGUUCCCACUUUGCUAAUGAGAGCACAGUUUGGAGUUACUGUAAAUGAUUGAGGUCAUACUAAAUUAAUUGGGCAGUUCAGGCUCUUUUAUUGGGAGAAGUGUCUUUAGCACCACCACUGAGACACUUCAGUUGGCUUCCAGAGAGAGUCAGCAAGGACAUAUUGCACGCACGCACGCGCGCACACACACACACACACACACACACACACACACACACACACACACACACACACACACACCACACUGGUGUUCACCUCAUAUGCCAAGGGUUAGUUUCAGUUUCAGAUGUUGCAGCUUAACUAUACAGGAUCUAUUUUAUUCAGGACCUAUUGUCUCCCCCAGACUCAGGUUUCCCAGUCAGUCACCUGUUUGACUAAAAGGUCUCCUCUGGCAUGAUGAUCUAAUGCACACUUUACCAAUAUAGAGGAAACGGAAACUAGGCAAGUAGGGGAGCAAGAGGGGAAAAGGGACCAUUGUUCUGUUUUAUUUUAUUGAGUUAAAAUGGUUGUAUGGUAUUGUAAAUGUCACACAAGUGACAUAGGAGGGAAUUGCACAUUUGAGAGGUAUUCACAUAGCUGUUCCAUGCAAUCUGACCCAUGCCUUUUUGUUACGAGAUGACUAACUGAAGAUAGGUCUUAUCUAUAAUUUUAAUUUCUUUGAAGUUUAUUGUCAAUGUGUGUUCUGACUAAAAUAGUGAUGUCAAAGACAUAUGCUGUUAGCGGAAUGCUGACGAAAAGCACUAAUUUGAUAACUUUAGUUUACAUUAUCAAAAAGAUGAAUGAUGACCCUGAACCUAAAUCAGUAUACAAAUGCUGCAUUGCAAUGCUGCAAUUUUACAAUGCUUCCUCUUCAGCAUAUCUCUGUUUGUUUGAAGAAUGGCCUAAAUGAGUUAUUGUUAUGUUUGUCUCAUUAACUCUUUUUGUUAAUGCUGGAAAUCUUUACAUGCUAGGUUUCUGUGACAUGGACCAAAACACAACUGGUAGUUAGUAAGACAAUUAUGUUACAAACAUUAUACAUGGGGCAGACCCACCUUUUCAAAACAGGAUAUGGCCUUAUUGGACUGCGAAUAUGUUUAACUUGAUACCUCACUUUGCCCUAUUCCAAAAUUGUCUCCCAAUGUGCUCUCUCAGAGACUUCCAUUGUGAGGGCAGUUUUGAAAAUACAAUUCUCCAGUUGUGUUACCCAAAGCACAGAUGGUCCCAUGAGAAAUGCAUCAUCCUCAAAAUGUUGCAAAGGACAGUGGUCAUUAUACCGUGGUUCUUCUAUAUACCAUACAGUCAGAAGAAAACUCAGGUGAUUGUAGAGAUACUCGUUCACUGAGUACUCUAUUACACAAUUUCAACUCUCUAGAUGAAAUCAUGAAGAAGUAAAAAGAGUGAAAUUUGUUAUCUAGAUAGCAUCAACUUUAACACAGGUAUGUUAUGGGGUCAAUCCUCUCAAGUCAUACCAAAGUCUCAGAUGCUUUCAAGCCUAUUGUCAUUUUUUUAACAAAAAGCCCUUUUUUAUUACUAUAAAAAUGGGUUUUUGUUAAGAAUUGAAUGGUUUGAUAAAAUGUGCCUGAAACCAGUUUUUUUUUUCUUUAAACUGACUGAAACAGGUGGUGUUAACUCCUGUAGAGAAGCCAUUAAGCUUAUUCAUAGACAUGGUCAUUACUAUAAAUUUUAGGGUGUAAAAAAUCCAUUCUCAAGGGUCCAACAUAAUGACCAAGGUCUGAAUGAGCGUUAUCUAUUGACUGUCCCAGACAUGGGUUUUAUGGAAAAAAAUAACCUGGAUCAGCACAUGGUAAGCCCCUCAGAGGCAAGGCCUGGUGUGUUUGAGAAAGGUUAAUGUUUUUCAUGGUGCCCAUUCCCUUGAUAGGGCUUCAGCUGUCAAGUUCUAGUCCUUCUCCUACCACUCAAGUAUGAACACAGAAUAUGAGACAUAGCUGGUUUUAUGUCUCGGUUUUUGUAGAUGAAUGCAUUAAGUAGUAAAAUUGUCAAGUUAAAACAGUAAUAUGUCAAAAAUGUGUUCGGACUUUGAGUAGAACUCACAGCCAAAUGCCAAUCAAGGGGAUGAAUACAGUUACAAUGCCAUUCAAAGGCAUUUUGGUUAUUUCAAAACAUUGUUUCAUUUAUUUUUAGAUAUUUUUAUAACCCCAUCUGGCCGCUUAUUCUCAAGUGGUGAUUUGAAGACUGAGUAAAAUGUUGUUUUUUAUUUAUUAAUUUUACAGAAAUGGUUGUGAAACAUAAAAAAACUAUUUUAAAUACACAAAUUUUAAAAAAACUUUCAAUCCAUGAAUGUUGUAUGAGAUGUGUUCUUUUCUUCACUUUGAUGCAAUAUGCUUUGUGGGUUCGAGGGAUUUGAAGGGGUAAAAAUCACACAUGUGGUUAGGUUUACAUCAAGCAAAAUGAACUGUAAUUAGUACUUAAAUAGGCUCAUGCAGGCAGUUCCAUCUGUGUGUGUGUGUUUGUGUUUGGGUGUGGGUGUUUGUGUGCGUGUGUGCGUGCGUGCGUGUGUGUGUGUGUGUGUGUGUGUGUGUGUCUUCCUCAGCAAAUACUGGGGACAGGUACAUUUUAGAGGAUCUUAGAGGAAAAAUAUUCCAAAUGAAAGGAUAAGUAUUUACUUACUUAAGUUAAGUAUUUACUUACAAAUAAACACAGAAAUAAAAUAAUCAUACAUUCAACAUGAGACCUGAUGUAAACCUAGCCACAUUGCAUUCAUGAAACACAUUUUGUCUAAAAGCUGUAGGACCUUAGAACCAUGGCUGUUUAAAAAGUAGAUUUAGUGAUAAUUUCUUUCUUCAUUGUUUGUAUUGCUUGCAUAGUCAUAUUGUUAUAGUGAUGCAAUUGUAAAAAUCUUAACAUACCUUUGUCUUUAUAGGCUGACUUUAAACCUCCAUACAUUUAUCUAUAAAUGUGUUCAAAAAUAGACAUUGUAAAAAAGCACCAACAUAUUAAGCAGACACUGAUUUAUAUGUGUGGAAAUUAGUUUAGUAUGUGUAAAGAUUAGUUUUAGUAGUGUUAGCACAGAUCAAAAAACUUCAAUUUUGCUAAUGUGUGUGAACAAAGAGAUAUUUUUGAACUAGUAAACAGUCUAACAGGACAGCAUGAAAAUAUGCAUAAGUUAAUUUUAGCGCUUCAGCAGAGUGGACUUUGACAAUUUAGGCUUCUUACUGUGUGAAUUGUUUCUUUAUUAUUCUCUUUUCAUUUCAUUUUCUGCUAUUUUCAAAAAUGUCCUUAUUUUCGCUUUAGUUGAUACAAACAGGUGCAUGCUUGGGAUGUUAGACUAUUACUUUAAACCAGGAACUGGCUUUAUGCAAGUGGAAGAGAGCUUUCCAUGCGUAGAAAGGGAACAUUUAUUUAAGGUUGCUAUGCUUUCCUAAGAAAAACUCAAAAUGCAACAAAACAUGACAGCAUUUUAUGUUUUUGGAACUAUGAAAAAUGUCUUGAAACUUAGCACUUAUGUAUGUUAAAUGCAUUUACUGUGAAUGCAACUUCCACAUAUGUUUAAUAUGUAUACAGAAUAUAUAAUGCACAACCUCAUUGUAUGGUUAACACAGACUCAGAGGCAAUCAUACAUAGUUGCUUUCAGUCUGACCCCCCCCCCCCCCCCCCCCCCCCCCCCCCACACACACA